CUAUUAAUAAUAGAAGUGAGUCUUGUGCCUUUAGGUAGAAACUGGUUUAAUGAACUAAGUGUCAAGGGCUUAUAUAGUUAAUUAUGCAGUAUUUCAUGUUACUGCAUAGGUGUGUGCGUAUUUGAGAUUAGCUGUACAUUUUGAAGGAUUGUGAGAAAAUGAUUCCACUUGGAGUCUUUCUGACAGGGUCACUUACCAGCUAUCCGGUGUGAAAUUGACAGGAUAAAACUUGAAUAAGAACGUACACUGGCUCAAUGGUUUGCUCAUAACUAUAAUUACACCCUGCUCUGACCUGACCUGUGUGUAGAGAAUGCAAAAUCCAGGCCUUUUGAAGUGGGAUUUCCUUUGUUGCAAGACUCAACUCACUGCCACUGUGGGAGGGUUUUAGGCAUGAAGUUUACAAUGAAGCCAUGAUACUUUUAUACAAGAAAUCAAUAGCUUCUUUAGAGCUUCUUUAGAGCCUCUAGGGACAGUUUAAGCAUGAUGAAUACACAAAUCUCAGUCUUCACCUUAUUCAUUCUGUAUAUUCAUGCCAUGUGGGCAUGGGCACAAUUCAGGGUUUUUUUUCCCUUCAAAUAUAUAUGGAAUAUAGUGAAUAUAUAAUGCCAACCAUACCGCUAAACCUGCUACAGUAAUACCAGCAUAACAACCAAUAACAAUGGAGGGCUAUGUUCACAGGGAUAUGUUGAAAUAAACAUCAAAAAAUUCAAAAGCAGUUUGGGCAUGAGGCAGUAAUACACCAUCUGUGGGACCCCCGACCAUCUUUUAAGCAUCCUUUUCAACAAAAUCAGUGCAUGCUCCUACUCAGAAUAUUUACAGUGUUUUCAUAAUUGAUUCUCCAAUAGGAUUGAUUUUGCGGUGUUUAUGUGCACAAGCAGACCAGUUCUCUAUUGUGUACUAGUGUUUUUUAAGACCCCAGGACCGGAAAAUAUUGAUUUAGUGUAUUAUUAGAAAAAAGGGAAGACUGUGGCCACAUUUAGGCUUGAGAUUCCCCAGUGCCAUGGUAGUGGCUUGUGGUCCAUAUGUGACAUGCAAAGCAAUGGACACCCAUUCAUUAAUACAGACCGGUGAGCACAGUAACACAGUCACAGCUGCAGCUAAUUAAAGAAGGCAGCUAGGGGAACUUUAAAUCUUUUGAAAUCUCAAACUUACAAAUUGAGGCAAAUCUUUUCUAAAAUACAGGGAGCAGUAAUUACUAUCCUGAAAAAAGUGGCUAAAAGUUACCCAGGCAUUCGCCACUAAAUGUACCAUGCCUUCAGCAUGGGCUGGUUUUCUUGAAAUGGCAGUAAGGCAUCUUUGCUAACUCUGGAUUCACAUGUGGGUAUGUUUAACAUUCCAGUGAUUACAUGGCUGUGGUUUACCUGCUCAGUAUGGAAAAAUGGGAAUAGCAUUUUUUUUCACAAACUAAGGAAGCCUCUCAUUGGGACUUUUAGGAAUACAUGGUAUCAGCAUGAUCCCAGUAAAGCUAGAGGCCAAGAAAUUGUUCCAGUUUCACACAUCAGUUUGAAAGUACAUGCUUCUUUUCAUGUUUGUUACCCACCAAUAUUAAUGUUUGUUGCUUCAAAUGUCUCAGUAUCCCAAUGAUACUGACAGUUUUAUGGGUUCUUGCUUGAUUUUUUUUCUUCCUAACUUGUAUCUGCUUGUGAUGUCAGCAUGACUGUUUGAAAGUGUACCAUGACACAGUUCCUUCCUGUGUUGGUUUACAUUCCAUGUGUCCACUUGGCGCUGAAGGUGACGCAUGCAGUGAACAUUUGCAAAGGGUGAACGUAAGCAGCUUCCAAACAGGAACAAGCCGCUUACAAACAACCGACAUCACACCCUUCUUUUUGUUACAUUUGGUCAUCUUUCCAGACUCACUGCAAGGGGUGUAAUUGCUGACUCAUACCAGCUGACAUCUCAUAAACAGAACCCCGAAGAUUCCCUCUCUUUUUUUUAUCUUAUGUUUAUAGAAGAACAUGCUGAAGAUGAUGAGGAACCACCUUCGCUGCUCAGCUCCUAUGUUCUUUAUGAUGCUGUGUCCAUGGGUGGUGCUCGCUGCUCCAUGUCAGACGGGUCGGGCAUGUGUGUGUCUGCACUGUCCUACUGGACAGGAGCCGUCCACGGCGUGCAGCGAAGUGGAGGGUCCUGACGCAGUGGUGGAGUGUCGUCAUUGUCAGCCAGGCACUUUCUCAGACUCCCACGGUCCAGAUCAGUGCACUGUACACACACAGUGCAGGAGCCUGAACCGUCAAUUGGUGACGCCCGGCACCUCGGAAUCUGACGCAGUGUGUGGAGCCUGUCUGUCUGGGUUUUACCCUGCACUGAGUACACAGAGCUCCUCCACCCUGUGUCCCUGCGUGAGGACGUCUCUAGUUCGUUUGCGACGUAAUGCAGGAAAGAGUGCACGAGGGGGUGGAGCCGGAUCGGGUGGAGCAGGAGUGGGCGCGGCUAACAGCACAGCUGUACAUUCAGCAGAGGAGAAGACUGCAGAGUAUGCUGUGUUUGCUCUCGUCCCUGUGUUCUGUGUAAUUGGCCUGCUGGGCAUUCUCAUCUGCAACCUGCUCAAGAAGAAGGGCUACAAGUGCACAACAGAGAAGGAGAGGGCAGAGCUGGAGGCAGGCGCGCUCCAGAAAGAGGGUAAUCCUUGCCCUUAUGUUAUAGAAGAUCAGAAUGAAGACACCAUAAGUGCAUUGGUGCGCCUCAUCACAGAAAAGAAAGAAAAUGCAGCUGCCUUGGAAGAGUUGUUACUGGAAUACGAGAACAAGCAGACAACUAGUAGCACAAGAUCAUCAAUCAAGUUUCCUGGCUUCCUCCAGUUCCGCUCGUUGCCCAGGCUCUGUAGCCACCAUCAACACAUUCAUACUAUCAAUGGAAUGGCCCCACUUUCUGGUUUCAGCUGCUCACGCUGCAGUCAGAAGAAAUGGCCACAAGUGCUGUUGCCCCUCACCAUCAACACAAAUAAGACAUCCUGUGCCACAUCUAUCCCUUCCUCACCUGGCGAGGGCAGGGUCCUCAAUGUGGGAAGGUUCCAGGUGGCUCAGAUCCUGGAGGGUGACCAAGUCUCUGUGGUGACAACCCCGGUAGAGUCCAGUGACACAGAUACGAUAGACUCUACCAGCAUGGAACCUGCUGAAGAAUUAUCCCUACUUGGGGGAUCGUCUUCUGCAAACUGUCUCUCUUCAAAGAGCAAACAGGAUAUGAGUGUGUGAAUGAACUAGUGGAAGAAAACGUGAAGCAUCCAUCAGGACUACGUCAUCUACACCACAGCAAGCACAACCUCGUCGGUGGACUCCUAAGGAAGUGUCGAGGCUGAAGCAGGAUGGGAAUUGUAUUCACCCCUAUGGGGAGUUAGCCUUGAAUUCCGGAAAACAGGAAUUGGUCUUUAUAAGAGUUUUUGAAGCUAUUUUAUUAUGUUUUUAAAAAAAGAAACAAUUUUUUCUCAGGCCUUGCGAACUGAGGGUUUAAAAAAUCUGUAAGUGAGAAAACUUUAAAGGGGAGAGAUGAGACCUGGCAUAGUACCCUAAUGCAAAAUGUGAAAUAUAACCAAGCACUAUGGAAAUUGUAGUGUAGACCUUUAUAAAUGUAAAUGAUUGUCCCUUAUUAAAGCUAAACACUGCUCCACUAAACAUAUACAGUAGAAGGUAUGCAUCAAAUAUAUUACUAUUAUUGAAUGAAUUUUGGUCAUCUAAUGCUAAUAGAUCACAUUAAAUAAUCUGACAGGCACAGAUAUUUUUCCAAACAUAGAUCCAUACCUCCAAAACAGGUACAGCCAAUUAUCCCAUUAAAACACUUAUUUCACUGAUGUAAAUAACUCCUGAUAUGUACUGUAUAGUGUAGCAUGUAGACUGGUAUUAUCAGUUAUUUUAUAUUAGGAGCAUAUCAUUUUUUUUUUUUACUCUGUAGACUUGUGCAGGGGCUUGAUAGGUGGCAUUAAUUUUGUUCUCAUGAAGAGAUCUGCCUGAAUAAUAUGGUUCUCAAUGCAUUAGAGUCAGCUCCUGCCUUUGAGGGCAGAAUUGGGUAGUAUUAAGAUCAGAAAAGCUCUAUGCGUUAUGCAUGUAGCUGCAUUUAGCUGUGCUGCUGUUGAGUAUUAAUGUCUGAGCAGUUGCUUUUAAAUCGCAAUCCAAACCCUAAUGUUUUUCCUGCUCACUGAUAGGGCUCAUGGUAUGAUAACCUAGUCUAAAAUAUCAUGGUUUCAUGGUACCACGGUAUUAAUCAACCAUUUAAAAAUGCACAAGUUGGUGGUGAAAAUGACACUUUUUCAACAGUGACAUUUCCAUAAAUCUCCUAGGCAGUAUUUAUCACAUUGUUAAAAAGCUGAAGCUAAAAGAAAGAGUAGCUUUGCAGAGUCACAGCCAGACACAAAAGGGACAACUGGAGUAAGGAGCUUGAUCAAAAUGAAAAACAGUAUUAGAAAAUUCAUUUUAAUGGGUAUUUUGAAGAAACGAACCAUAAGGAAACUAUCCAAUUAUACGCCGUGAAUAAGCAUGAAACUGCAACAUCGUAUAACCCUGAUCAAAUGGGGCAGUAGUAACGCAUUGGCUCAGAAGGCUUUUUAUGCCACCAGGGUUGUUAUGGUGUUGCAGUUUCAUUGUUAUUCACGGUGUAUGAUUGGAUGGUUUCCUUAUGGUUCAUUUCUUCAAAAUACCCAUUAAAAUGCGUUUCCAUCUAUUACUGUUUUUCAUUUUGCUCAAGUUCCUUACGCCAACUUCCUUCUCCCAAGAUGUUCAGGCCACACUGCAGUUUAGAGUUUACACUGUGCUCACUCACCUAAAUCAACUCAUAAAGCACUUAAUUAGCUGAGUAAGGUGAGAAAGAUCAAGGAAACAGCUAAACUGCCUAACACUGUGACCCUUUCCAACUGUUCUAGCCUGGUCUUCCUCUAAGAUCUUGAUAUUGUCAAGAUAGUAGAAAAAUUUUCAGCAACACAUUCAGGAUUUAGCUUUAUUAUUCCAUCAUUACUAGGAUUCCAUGAGGAAAAUAUAUUUUUUAAUAGGGCUUGCUCUUAAAAGAAAGUCUAAAUUUUCUAACAUAGCUUGCUUCGAUAGCUUGCCAAUGCUAGCUAGCUAACUUCAUACACAGGUUGGACUAGCUAUCUUAAUUUUAACUAUGAGAGUGUCUUCAUGUAAGCUUCUACUUGAACACAUACAACUGCUAAUCCAAACACUAAAGAAAAUGUUUCUCUCUGAGACACAGUUAGAAUGCGUUAUAAACAUAUUAGAGUCUUCACUAAAGGAAUGCUGGCAUAGCAAAUACUUCACAAUAUGGUAUAUGUUGAAUAUUACAAUAUAUUGACACAUGUUUAAGCCAGAGUUAAGCUUUGUUUUAAACUAAAGAGCAAUAUAAGGGGGCACUAAUGACCCAUCAAACCACUGUGAUAUCCCAUGGUGCAUCAUCAAAGCUACCUCCCUGUGUAACUAGUUAUCACUUAUAUUUUGCUACAACAUUUUUGUUCAUUUUUUCAUCCUUGCACAAUUUAGCAGUAUGCCUCUGCAUGUGUGGGAAUUUACACUGAAACAAUGGCUGGUGUAAACUAUACUGGUGGAACACCUGAAAUACGCACAAGCACACUCAUGCACAGGCCUCUGCUUAGACAAAGGCACGAAACAGAUGAUGAAAAUAAAUGAACUUCAUUGGUUCCGGUGUCCGGCGGAUAUCAUUGCGCCUCAAUUUAGUAUUCACAGAAAACUACAACGUGAAAAUACUAUAGUCAAAAAUUAUCAUCAUAUGAUUUGCAGUAAUAUUCAAACCUUGAACAAAUCUUAGAUUUUCAUGUUGUUAAUGUUGUUAAUGUUUUCCUUAUUUUAUUUUUUGUUUUAUUUUUGAGUAUUGAAAACUCAUGAUGCCCCCCCCCCCCCCACUCCCCCACCCCCCAAAACAGUAUUUUAUUAUAUUUUUGGGAUCUGAAAUCUGUGGGUUCUACCAUACUUGUUACGGUGUUAAUAACCAGACUGAUGUAAUGAGAAUGGAAAGAAAAGAAUCUCUGCAUCAUUGUUGCUUUUUAUUUAUUUCAUUAUAACAUCAUAAGCUUUGUCUUCAUAUUUUACCUCUUUAAAUAAAGGAUAAGUCUUGAAGAAA